GCGUCACCCCUGUCAAGAAGUGCGCUAGUCCAAGCGGUCACGUGAUAUACAAUGGCGCCUCCCAGGUGAAAAAUUCGGGUUCGACAUACCUUUUCAAGACACAGGAAGCCGGUGAGACACAGACUUGCUGUGCGCGUGCGUUGACCCAUUCCGGUGCGACGGUGUGCCAUGUCCGGGCGAGUCAAGCGAAAGGUCACCGUGGACAGUUCCAAGAUCGUGGCCGAGUCAGGAGCGUCCUCGUCAAGUUCGCAGUCCCAGUCGCAAUCCCAGCAGCCCGAGCAGCCCAGCGGGCGAAGGCCCAGCGUGUUUGAGCGGUUAGGCCCAGGUGCAGCCAGAAGAGAGAGGUCAGGAGAGCGUAGUAGCGACCCUUGCAAGUACUGGGUGCAGGACGGGCAAUGUCCGUUUGGUAACACGUGUCGUUUCGUGCAUCCCACCUCCCAGAGCCCCAGUGGGAGAACCCGCAGCUACAGAGGAUCUUAUCGAGACAGAGGUGAGGAGGUGGAGGACCUCAGGACCAAGAUGAGGAACAAACGAGGAUCAGGAGGAGCGUCCGAGAGCGGCAGCUCAAGGGAGACACGCAGCAGUCGUAAGGACGGCUCCCAGUCACCCAAGCAGAAAGCAGAGUCGUCCAGCGAGCGUAGCCGCUCGAAGUCAAAAAAGGGUGGCGAGAGAGACCUGGAGGGCCGCCUGAAGGCGAAGAACAUCAGCCCGGUGGUGAUCGCGGGACCGCGCAGCCCUGAGAGCGACACGGACCAGUCGGGGGGUGAGGAGAGGGGGGUAGAUUGGGACAGACCACUGGAGGAUGAUGUCUGGGACGACCUGGAUUACGAACAUGAGUUGACGUUGGAGAUGCGGCGGCAGCGGCUGCAGCGAGAGUUGGAACUGAUGGAACAACGAGAGCGCGAGCAACGCGAAGAGAUCAUCAUACAGAAGAAGGUAGGAAAGGUCUCUCCUGUGCGAGAGAGCUCAUCUUCCUCAUCUGCCGAAGAAGUGCCAAAGAAGAAAAGCAAGAAGGGGCCCAAGACUCCUCCUAUAGCAGAGGAAAAGCGGAAAGGUCCAAAAACUCCGCCCGAGAAGAGCCCGGCUCGGAAGAAGAGGGGCCCUCGGACCCCGACCCCCCCACCACCUCCCCCACCCCCCGCAAUGCCGAUGGAACGGGCAACGUCUCGUGAAAAGGGGCGGGAGAAAAAGGAAGGCAAGAAGAAGAAAAAGGAAAAGGCCAGCAAGAGUGUGACGGAGGAGAAACCAGUCGAGCGCGAAAGCAAGAAAGAGCAUUCCCCUCCGCCACGGAGUCCAGAGGCAAAGGCCUCUCCUGCCCCAAGAACUUCCCGUAGAUCUUACUCUCCUCCCCCUCAGAAGCGAAGAACUCUAUCUCCUCCCUCCAAGAGGAAGAGUCCAUCACCAAAACCGAGAAGCCCAUCCCCGGUGAAAACUCGACACCAAUCCCCACCUUCCAGACGCCGGUCUCUCUCCCCUGCGAAGAAGCGCCGCAGCCCCUCGCCAAAACAGCGGCGUAGAACCCCCUCUCCCCCGCCAAGGCGUAACCGAUCUCCUUCGCCACCUGCACGCCGUAGGUCAACCUCGCCGCCCAAGAGGGGACGGUCCCCACCCCCCAGAAAGAGGUCCCCCUCCCCCCCACCAAGACGACGUGCAACGCCCUCUCCUCCCCAGAGGCGCAGAUCCCCCUCCCCUCCUCGGAGACACUCCCCCUCCCCCCAAAGACGUCGAUCUCCGUCCCCGCCACCCAGAAGACGGCAACAAUCCCCACCCCCCAAGAGACGCUCCCCCUCCCCACCCCAGAAGAGGCGAUCAGUAUCACCGCCACAGAGACGACGUUCACCACCCCAACCAUCCCGUCGCCGAUCCCCUUCACCCCCAGUACAGCGCAGGAAGUCACUGUCUCCUCCACAAUGGAAGGGUCGUGGAUCUCCCCCUCCGAGAGGACGAGCCUCCCCCCCUCCCAGGCUUAGAGAAUCACCCCCACCCAGGCAGAGGUCUCGGUCGCCAGAUAGGCAGACUGGAUCACAGAGAUAUGACGGUAAAUAUCGGAGAGGACAAGACACCAGUGUUUAUGCAGAUGACAGAAUCCGAGACAGGGGCUUUGAGAGAGAUGCAGGCAGAAGGCCCGGAGGCUACAAGGACAGCCUGCCCGACCGGGAUCGUGAGGAUGACAGGGACCGCCCCUCCCUGAGCAGGUACAGCGAGGGCGACUUUGGUGGCAGGUAUGACAGGCGCGGGGCUCGGCCUGACUUUGAGCAUGGCAGGGCUGGCGCGCACGGCUUUGGCGAGAGGGAUGCACGCGGCGGGGAUCGAGAGGCUUAUGGGGAAGCUCGCAAGGAUUGGGAGGCGAGGGAUCGGGGAAGCUCUGCACGGCAUGAGGACAAUAAGGACAGAAGGAAGGCUAAAGACGAAAGUCGAUCAUCGUCGCCACGUUCUGUCUCCCGCAAGAGGAAGCGCUCCUCCUCCAGCAGUGAUGAAGAUAGCCGUGACAGUGGCAAAGGUCCCGAGCCCAAGCUGGCCAGCAAAGUGGCCAUGGUGUCAAAGACUAGCACUCCUCCGCGUGAGAGCAGGCGCUCUCGCUACGAAGAGACAAAACGAUCUCCCGUCAAGGAAAGAUCCCGGGACAGAAGUGGCUCAAGGGUGGAGAGGGAGGCCCACAAAGCGGUGCGAGAAGUUGAUCGUGGAAGCACCCAGUCGCGAAAGUCCUCCGAACCUUCACGGUCGGGGUCGUCGGAACGUGCCGGAAGUGUGGACUCGGGAAAGAAAAAAGGGAAGCCACCCAAGAAGAAGAAAAAGCUGGAACAGCUCGGAGGGAGAGUUGCGGAAGACACAUUCAGGAGGGGUAGAGAAGAGCACUCGGGCAGGACUAAGGACGAGCGUGCCGGUAGAACUAAAGACGAGCAUGCUGGGAGAAUGAGAGAGGAGAAUUCUGGGAGACUUAGGGAAGAGUAUUCUGGGAAGGGUAGAGAUGAUCAACCUGCAAGAGGUAGAGAAGAAAUUUCUGGGCGAGGAAAGGAAGAAUAUUCUGGAAGGACAAGAGAGGAAUAUCUUGGAAGGACUAGAGAUGAAUCCUCGGGUAGGACAAGGGAGGAAACCCUUUCUAGGACACGAGAGGAGUACCCUGCAAGAUCCAGAGAUGAGGUCACUGCGAGACAACCAAGGGAAGAGGAGCCAGACGAACGGAAGGAAAGAGGGAGAGCUGGAAAGAGAUCUCGCUCAGAUAGUGAGGACUCGAGGAAACCAGAGACCCCCAAGGCGAAAAAGAAAAAGGUGGGGAAAAAGAGGAGAAAGGUAUCCAAAGGGGAGUCGGACAUGUCUGAUCAAGACACCCCAAAGGUCUCAUCCCGGGAAAAGUCGGACAGUUGGUCUGAUGAAGGAAAGCACAGCAAAGGCAGUGUUGGAAGAGGACACGCAGAGGAGAAGCCUGCACUCCCGAUGGAUGAUGUUUUCUCAGACUGGAGCGAUGACGAUGAUGAUGACAUGUUCAGAGAGCCAGGCCCUGGGCUGAGGAGCCCACCAGACUCGAGGAAAGACCCGUACAGGCCUGUGGAGCCACCGGUGGAACCACCCUACGAUGACUACCGGAGACGCCCAGACCCCGAUAGGGGACGAGCCCAGGAACGGGACAGAGACCUCGACAGGGACAGAGAUGCGAGACUCUUUGACUUGCCGCGCGACGACCGCUACCCUCCUCACGAGAGACCGGAUCGAUUUGUCCCCGAUUGGGAUCGCAGGAGGGACGACCGCUUUGCAAGCAGAGACGCCCCCGAGGCGUUCCUGGCCCACGGCAGGGGUUGGGAUCCUCGGUUUCCCCGGGACGAUCGGUUUGUGGACCAUCGCGAGAGGGACGACAGAUUUGCGGAUCGCUAUGCCCCAGGCAGGGAUGACAGAUGGCUUCCACCGGAUAUUGACAGGGAUCGGGACAGAUUCGCCGAUCGUGAUGCCCGGUUUCCGCCGUACUGGGACAGAGAAAGGGACGCACGCUUCUCCCCGUGGGAGAGGGCACGAGACGAACGUAGAGACAUGUUGGAGCCGGAUAGAGGACCCUGGGGCAGAAGGGAUCGCAGUGAUCCCGCUCUGGACAGAGACAUGCGUGAUGUGAGGAACCUGCGGGCUGAAAGAGACUUGCGCGAUGCACGCUCGGACCGCGACAUCCGAGCCGAACGUGACCUUCGUCCUGAAAGGGACAUGCGCGGAGAUGUUCGAUCGGACAUAGACAUCAGAUCUGACAGAGACUUCCCCUCAGAAGCUCUAGAUCGGGAGGCGAGGGGUCGGCAGGAGUCGCGAGAGCGACCCCGUCAGCGGUCGUACGAGAGACUGAGACGCUCGCGUAGCGGUAGCCACGACAGCCGCUCCAGCAAACUGUCUGAAAAGCGUACACGUAGGGGCCGCAGCCCAGAGCGCAAGCAGCGCCCACGCUCCUUGGACAGGGAGAGAAAGAAGCAGCAAAGCAGCGACGACAAGAGCACCGCAUCCCAGGACACUCGCACAGAGGAGGAAGCCCGCACCAAAACCCCCGAACCAAAGCCAACCGACAAAGAGGAGGAAAAGGGAGCGCCCGAAACCAAAUCAGAGGAGCCCGUAGAACAAGUGCAGCAGAAGUACGAAGAAGUGUCGUCCGUUGACUCUUCCGUUCUCACCGAAGAGAAACCCUCCAGUGAGACCAAUGGAGCUGCUGCAGAAUUGCUGGAGGAGAAACUGCCCUCUGCCGAACCAGAGGUCACCACAACCCAGACCGAGGAGGACGUCUACGAAGCGAUCAGUGACGACGAACUGGACGCCAUGAUGGACGAGGAGGCCAUGAAGGAGGCUGACCAGACUGACAACAAGGAGGAGGAAAAACGAGAAGCAGCGGAUGUGAUAGAGGUGGACUGGGCCAGCCUCAUGCAGGUCAACAAACCAAAGGAGCCCAAGGAGCCGGGAGCCAUUCUGAAGAAGUUCAAGCCAGGCCACGUGCUGGCUCGGAUCGGAAUCUCCCCUACUCUGGCUGGGGAGAAACUCAUGGCUCGAGUCAAGGAGGCUUGUAGGGCAGCAGCAGAAGAGGAGGUCAAGGAAAAAGGAGAGGCUGCAAGGCCACCUAGCCCCAUCUUUGACCACCCGAUCGGAGCGUUCAACUUUGCUGCCAUGAGGAGGCGCCGACAGCGUAAGAACCUGCUUAGUGAUGUGGGGCCUUGCCGCCGUGCGCUCUGUGCCAGAAGGGACCUGGAGAUUAGAAAGCAGCUCAAGAAGGGAGACAAGGUUGCCCCACCAGUUCCCUACUCCACUGGUGUGGUAGACAACGAGCUGUACAAACUGAGCGUGCAGCUUUUCCGCCGUGGCACCAGGAACAGCACAACUUCUGACAGUGCUGAGGAGAAACCCGUGCAGUCCCCGGUCGUUUCCUGCCCCUCGUAAAUUCAGCAUCGCAAAUGAACGUGCUUUCAUGGCCAAUGAAAAUGGAAAGUUGCAAACUGGUCAAUUUGGAGGGCAGCAAGUUCUUGACUUUUUUUUUAAAUUCAGUAUCACAAGUGAAGUUGUUUUCUUGGACAAUGAAAAUGGAAAGUUUGCAAACUGGUCAACUUGGAGGCCAGCAAUUUCAUGACUUUUUUUGAAAUUCAUCAUCACAAAUGAACGUGUUUUUUUGGCCAAUGAAAAUGGAAAGUUGCAAACUGGUCAACUUGGAGGCCAGCAAGUUCUUUAC